GCGUUCUCCUUAUUUCUCCUCAGAAAGCGCGUCGCUGUCGCGGGCGCCAUUUUGAGUGGUCGCCUCGCCUAUUCUUUCACCCCCCCCUUCCCCGUUUUCUCCGGUUUCUCCUCGGGGACCGCCGGGCGCGCGAUGCAGGCGGGCGUAAAGGUGUUCGUGGGCAACGUUCCGGAGGAGGCUUCGCAGGUGGAGCUGCGCGACCUCUUCGAGGCGGCCGUGCCGGGCGAGGUGCUGAAGGUGGCCCUCAUGAAGCAGUUCGCCUUCGUCCACCUGCGCGACGAGGCGGCGGCCGAGCGCGCCAUCCAGAAGCUCAACGGCCACCUGCUCCACUGCCACCGGGUCGUCGUCGAGCUCUCCCGCCCGAGGCCCACCCACACCGUCAAGAUCUUCGUCGGCAACGUCUCGGCCGCCUGCACCAGCGGCGAGCUCCGCGUCCUCUUCCAGGAGUAUGGGCCCGUCGUCGAGUGCGACAUCGUGAAAGACUACGCGUUCGUGCACAUGGAGAAAGACGAGGAUGCUAAAACCGCCAUUGAACACCUUAACGGAAGAGAAAUCAAGGGCAAAAGGAUUAAUGUGGAACUUUCCAAUAAAGCUCAUAAAAGGGGGAUUGCAGGUUACAUUGGACAGUUCGGCGGAGACGAAAAGAACAAAAUACCAACUUUAGAGAACCUGCAGACCAGGAAUGAUGGCCUGAGAUCCGGUAACCUUGCCUACUCAAUGGGGAAUCCGGCUUAUUCUUCACUUGACUAUGACUAUCAGCAGCGGAUGAACAAUAACACCAAAUUUGACUCGAAUGGCCAAGCCAGGCAGAUGUCCCCUUCUUUCUUCAGAAGGGACCGGAGCCCGCUAAGACGCUCGCCCACGAGAGCAGGCUACACGCUCCCCAUGACCGGACAGCAAGCUUCCUACAGAGAUCAACCUGCAGCAUCGCUUGGGAUGGCCUACAGGCCUCAGCCUACUACUGGGCAGGCGGCCAUGUACCGAGCCCAGCCCUCCACCAUGCUGGCAAAUGCAUACAGAGCCCAGUCCUCUGUUGCCAAUACUCAGGCGGCGGCAGCAGCCUCGGCAUUAACAUCCUAUAAUACUCAAGCCUAUGGAACCCAGGCCACUGCUUCCCAAGUCGCCACUUACGAAGCCCAGCCCUCCACAACGUACGCUGCUGCUGCUGCUGCUUAUGGGGCCCAGACAGCUGCCUCCUAUGCAGCCUCCUACGGGGCCCAAGCAACUGCUCUCUCCGCCUCUUACGGAGCCCAGACAGCAGCCAGCCAGUCAGCCUUGUACGCAGCUCACACUCUCUCAGCCCAGCCUGCAUCCUAUGGAGUCCAGCCCGCCGUUGGCCAUGCUGCUUCCUACGGGGCUCAGGCUUCAUCUGCGAUGCAAUCUGCUUAUGGGACCCAAUCUGCAGCCAGCCUGGCAGCUGCUUACAGCAUGCAGGAUGCUGCGGCGGCUGCUUACAAAACGCAACUGUCUGCGUCGUUGCCCACGGCUUACAGAGCCCCAGCCGAAGCAGCCUACGCAGCCCAGCAGUCUGCUUCAGCCCCCGUAGCAGCAGGUUAUAGGUCUCAGGCUGCAGCAUACAAUGGGUUGACCCAGACCGGGCAGCAGGCAGCUUCCUAUGCAGGGAUGUCCCAGGCAGAAACUGCCGUUCUCCACCCACUCUAUGAACGCACACGCCUCUCCCCGCCACGUGGAAGCCGUGAGGAUCUCUACAGAAAAGCGGCUGCAAUGAACAAGAGGUACAGUUCUGAUCUCUCAGAUGACCGCCGUUUAUCUGACUACUCUGAUUUCCGCCGCUUAUCUGACUCCCCCCAUGCGUACCGCCACUCGCCAACAAAAGCUCAACUGGAUUAUCGCCGCCUCCCCGAAAUGCAGUCUGAUGCCCGUUACGCAGGUGCCUAUGGCGAUUACUUGCGUAAUGCACAACUGCAGCUGCAUGCUAGUUACCAGCGCCGUCUGUAGAGGAAAUUCCCCGCCUUCUGGGGUGGGACUCUGGUUGCCGUGGCCUCCGCCGUUGUAACCUGUAGAGCAUAAUCCCAGCUGCUGCAUCCUAAGUCAGCAGUUCGAUUUCAGAACAAUCUUUUAGUCCUGACAUUUCUUGAUCAUGGGUGCCCUAGGCCACUUUAGCUCUUAACCUUUCUUUCUUUCUUUUUGUUGUUGUUGUUGUUCUUCCUUAUGCCAUGUAAAGGGUGUGCUAUUAGGUAAGUCAUACGUGCUGCCCCAACGCGAACAAUUUUGUAAACAAAAAUCUUUUGGGGGAUUGCCUUAACCUUACUGUUAGGGCACUCUGUUUGGCCUCAGGAGCAUCGUACAUUGGUGCACACUGGACCUUCUAAAACCAAAGUAUGGCGUCGGGGGGGUUCGCACAAAGAACGACCAUCACUUCAGCUUUCUCCUCGGUCUGGUCUUUCUCAAGAUCCCGCCCAAUGGGAAAACAAUUCCACCUGGUUAAUCUUUCAUUUAAUGAAAAUGAGAAUCACCUUUUCAAAUCAGCUCAGUUGCUUCUAUGUAACUGCAUCCUUCCUUGAUUUAUGACAGCCUAGGCUGGGCAGGUAAACCUUAUGUUAGAAGUGAGUUUAGAUCAUUUUCUUUUUUUGGGAGGGGGGCUAUUAUUGUAAAUAAAAUGGACUCGAUGACAUUUUAGA